UCUCCCAACCCCCUCGGCCCGCUCUCUUCGCCCCCAUCCCUCCUUCAACUCCUCAGCCCAGCGGCCUGGCGGCCCGGUGCGCGGGGCAGCGCGACGAUCGCGGCCUGGCGAUCGGGGCACGGCGGUCUUGGCGGGCGAGGCGCGGGGCGCGAGGCCAGACCUGGCGCUGCGGGGUGCGGGGGGCGGGCAGCGGAGCAGCCCUCAGAGGAGAGCAGGGGCAGGCAGGGGGGUGCCGAGGCAAUAGAGCCCCUGGAGCUGAGGAAGCAUCAUGGCAGUGUUUCUGGAAGCCAAGAAUGCACACUCGGUCCUGAAACGAUUUCCUCGUGCCAAUGAAUUCCUGGAGGAGCUGCGGCAAGGCACCAUCGAGCGAGAGUGCAUGGAGGAAAUCUGCAGCUACGAGGAGGUCAAGGAGGUGUUCGAAAACAAAGAGCAAACGAUGGAGUUCUGGAAGGGGUAUCCAAAUGCCGUCUACUCAGUGCGAGACCCCUCGCAGAGCUCAGAUGCCAUGUACGUGGUGGUGCCCCUUCUGGGAGUGGCACUGCUGAUUGUCAUCGCCUUGUUCAUCAUCUGGAGGUGCCAGCUACAGAAAGCAACCCGUCAUCACCCCUCCUAUGCUCAGAACCGGUACCUAGCCAGUCGCGCCGGGCACAGCCUCCCCCGGGUCAUGGUGUACCGGGGAACUGUGCAUAGCCAGGGAGAGUCCUCUGGGCACCGCGAGGCAGGGAGCAACCCCCAGGUGGUGCUGGGGUCCAAUCGGGGGGGCAGAACUACGGUCAGGCUUGAGAGCACCCUCUACCUCCCUGAACUCUCCCUUUCCAGACUAUCCAGUGCCACCCCUCCCCCGUCCUACGAGGAGGUCACUGCUCCCCAGGAGAGCAGCAGUGAGGAGGCCAGUGUCUCUUACAGUGACCCGCCCCCAAAGUACGAGGAAAUAGUGGCCGCCAACCCUGGCGCUGACAAGUAGUGGGAUGUGUGUCUCAUCCUGUGUGAAUGCCUCUUCUAUUUUCUUUUUAACUUUUUAAAGACUGUGCCACCACAAAACAGCCUUAGUCUCCUUGUUGCCAAAUAAUUCCCUAACCGUGGAGUAUUAGGAAGUCAGUUGUCAGAGACAGGUGGAGAGGGUUAGGUAGGGAGCAUUUAUGGUCAAAGUCCACUGGGAAGCCACAAUGGCCACAGUGUCCAGCUCUUCCAAAUGCUCCCCCAAACCCCCACCAUCUUGUCCUCCCGUAAGGGACUGGCUUCUCUUAUGCCAAAGGAAUCCCCCUGUUGAGUUGAUUGUGGCCAUAAUGGCCACAGGCCCAGUUCCCCAGGAUGUGGGGCUGGCUGGAGGCCUGUCUGUGUCUGGAAUCCUAUGUCACAGAGGUUAGGGAGAGAAGCCAGCCCUCCAGCAUCCCUCUUACAAGACAGUUCUGUGCUUUCUGUCCUUGCUUACAUUUUGAGGUCAGGGAAAGGAUUGAGCAACAAACAAAAUUUUAAUAGUAAUGACAAGCAAAUAAAUAAUGAGUACAAUAGAACAAAACUCUAGAACCUGGGCCAUUCAUAGGAGGCCUGAGGAAAUCCAUCGCACAGAUCUGUGACAUUCCCUUCCCCCACACUCCUGGAAGGAGGAUGGGGGCGUGUGAAGGAUGAGGGGCAGGGUUUGGGCGGCAGAGCUACUUUCUCCAUAUUUACCAAGGGGCCCAAUGUGACUUUGCCUUCCCCAGACCUUGGCCUUCCAGGUGUGUGUACCAGCCAUGUUGAAACCACUACCCGCUGGCAUGAGCCCACUUACAGCCCUGGAGCACUCUGCCGUGGGGACACUGAUGCUCCUGGCCCUGCGUCUGCAGCCCAUGGCCUUCCAAUGGGCUGAGAAGAGCUGAAAUUUUCUCCUUGUGAAGUUGAUGAUAGAACCUUGAGUGAACUUGGCCUACUUGGCACUGUGCUCCCUGGCUUUGAAUUUUUAGGAUACUUCCCUUUUUGUGAGUAGGUGCAUUGACAUCGAACUUUAGAUGGAUGAUUUCUCCUUAAGGAUGGUGCCCACCUGGGAGAAGAUCCUAAAGUGUCCCUUUUUAAACAUUCCUUGUGGGGGAGCCCAUGAUCUGGGGUCAAAGGCCCAUCUGGAGUUUAUUCUGCUAGCCUGUUUUCUGUGAGGCUUUGGACAGCAGUGGGGCAGAGGUGACCUGCCCUUUAACUAACAGUGACUGUGCAAAAGAUUCUGUUGACACCACCUCCCCCCACUCCCCUGUCCACCCUUCUGGCUUCAGUGCCAAACCAUUUUUCCUCUGUGGUGCUUUUAAAAAUGUAGCAAAUUUUUGUGUGGCCCAAUAGAGUGCACAGCCUAGGUCCGUCAGCAACCACAGCAGUUUAAAACCCAUUCAGUGGACAGCUUCUUUCUGUCUAAACAGCUCCCCGAGGCAGACAUCGGGACUCAUUCCUUGAAUGCAGCCCUGCCUCGAGGCCCCAGGUGAAUUCUGGAGGCCCUUUCAGGCCUGGGGACUUGCUCCAAUCUGCGUUUCUGAUCCCAGUGAGGCCACCAGCUUGGACAGCUUGCUUGAGCCUGGGGCAGGAUUCUCUACCCUCCCCCUGCCUAACGGGCCCAGGGAAGCUUUUAUGUGCUUGAGGCACCAAGAAGCCAGGGAGGUUAGCCAUUAGGAAGAUUCUUCUGGAAAUUAGUUGCUUGUAAAGGACCAGUCUCAGCAGAGGCCCUCAGGUGCCUCUGAUUUUGAAUGUCCACCUAGGGAGUAAAUCACCUGCCAGUUGACGCUUUCUGUCCCCUCUCCCCUCCUCUGCAGAGCUGCAGAGAUGCUGACCAGGUGGCGCUCCACCUUUCCUUCCUUCCUCUUUCCUUCUCCUGGGCUUCUAGCACUGUACUCCUUUCCUUCCUCACAAAGGGAUUUUUGGCCUAUAAGGCUCCUGCUUUUUCACAUUAGACACCGGGGCCCAUUCCAUUUGGCCAUGUUGGAGAAGCUGGGGCCAGCCCUGGCUCUUUCAGUAUUUUUUCAAGCAGGGGCCCAAGCAUGACCUGGUAACUGCCGAGAAACUACCCCAAUGCGUCUGCUUCCCAUUUAGCACAGAACCAGGCAUGGCCCCACUGAUCAGAGCCAAGAAAUGCCUGCUGCCUUUGGCAUCUGUUGUACCCUUCCCUGCCAAGCCUCCCAAUAGCUUGAGGCUGGGGGGUGGUGGGAGAUGGUGGAAGCCUGGGGACUAGCCCAGGGAGGGCAGCUCAUGUCCUUUAAGGGCUGGGACAAGCAACAGGGAGAGCCAGAGGCAGUUCCUUAAGACCCGUGGUCCUCAGUCCAGGUGCUUCACGGUGUCCUUCCGGGUGGGGCUGUGCUACAGUGUCUGGCGGGUUUGCCGCGUCCUGUAGGAAGCAGGCUGGACAGCACACAAUCAGCGUCACUCCUUGAGGUGCACACUUGGCUUGUAUGGAUGCCCUGUACAUAUCUUUUCAACCUGUGUCUUCGUACGGCUGUGGGUUUGAUACAAUUCUAACUCUCCAGUAACCACAUUUUUGUUGUUUUUGGACUCGGUGUGUAUGUAUGUGAACACAUGUGCACGUUGCCUUUUCUCAUUGCUUAUCUGAGACAGUAGCCGCGUGCGGCUAUACUUGUACCAGGAGGGAUCCAGUCUGAAGAGAGGAAUGUCCCCUCCUGAGGCUGGGCACCUGAUGACAGGGCCCUGAGCGAGGAAAGCUAAGAUUAGCUAUUGGAGCACGCCUCCCCCCCGCAGCCCCGCCAAAGUCGCCACCUUCUGACCCCUCACGAAAGGCUUUGGGGGAAGACACACAGCUCCAUUCUGUGGCCGUCCACUCUUCGGGCCCCGCGCCCACGCCCUUUUGGCACAGUGCCCUCCAUCUGGGCUCCUGGUCUGUGGGCAUCAACAGCUGAAAGAAAUCUGAGCCCUCCUGGGCAUAUUUUUUCUUUUUGUGGAAAGAUGUGUGACUACUGACUUUGGGUACGGUGGGGCUAGUUAUUUAGAUAUUUUUAAUUAAAAAAAAAAGAAAAGGCUUUAAAAAAUACCUUGAAAUACGACUCACCUGUUUUCGACCAAAAACUUUUUAAGAUUUUUUAAAACAAGAAUCAAAAUCCUGUCCCUUCCCUGCUCCCCUUCACCUUGGGUUUUCAAAAUGAAAGCACAAGUGCAAGAGUGGGGUGCACAGGUGCCCAGCAUGUGCACACCACAUGCACAGCUGCGUCACACCCUGGCUGAGGGACAUGUGAUGCUGAGCAGUGUGACCCAGGAGACCGGGGACCUCUUCUACUUGUCUAUCCCACUGCCGUUAGUGUGAAUUCCUUAGGGUGCUUUGGAAAAGAGGAAUGUGCCUGACUUGGUGGGCAUUGCCUUUUUGGUAGCCGAGUGUGAGGAAUUCAGGAUGGGAAAGUGUCUUUUUGUUAACUAGUUGGGUGCAGAUGCUUCCUCUCUCCCACUUGGAUGGAGAUUCCCAACCCCCAGCCAGAGUUGAUCUUUUGACAACCAAAUAGCAUCCCAUGAGAACAGAAACAAAUCAACACCGCUUCUAGAUUGUUCUUUGGUCUGAGAGAGAGAGAGAGAUCAUGGAGAGAGGCUCUCUCACUCACACAGGCUCUGAUUUGUAGGAGCAAGAGUGUGCUGUCUCCUGUGUACUCUCAUGGUCAAGGCUGAGAUGGAGAGCUUGGCGGCAAAGCUGCCUGUCUAGGCCACUUUUCAGAUUGACAAGUAAUGAAGCUCCAUUUCAGGAUUUCACUGACUCUGAAACAAGCACAUCCUCCCCCACUGCACUCUACUAAUACUAAUCACUAUAAUUAGCUAAUUUAAAAGUACUGUAAUCAGACUGCUGGCAACUACAGUAAAAGCCCAUUAAUUUGAAGCCCACUAAUUCAAAACAUAGAGAAAACCACAACUUAAGAUAAUUCACAGUAGCUGGGAUUCUUGCUAUAUAAAAACAUUCUUCCCGUUAGUCCAUUUUCAGGGUCUUCUGUGUAUGAGGAAUCCAGUUAAAAAUGAGUCCUUUUUUCGAUUAAAAGGCUCUAGACAUUAAGGAUCCCGUCACCGUGCCUUCCGCUUUAGGGUUCAGCACUUCUUGUACGUUUGGGUUGAUCUUUUGUUCUCUCUCUGUUGAGGGGAUGGUGGGUAUCGCAACCUUUCACUCUGCUCCUUUACUUCUCCUGUGGUAACGUACUUAGUGACCUAGACUGCAGUAUAAAGUAAGACACGUUGUGCAUCUUUCUAAAUAUUGUGUAUAGCAGAUGCUUCGCUAUCAGACUGGCUGCUCCCAUCGUUUGCCCCCAAAUGUUCUAACUUCGGGAGCUUUUCCUUUCAGAGGCUAUGGGUGGCAAGUGUCUCUCUAGCAAGAAUCUCUCUGACAAUGAGCUCCAAACAACACACCCCCGCCUCACAGUUGUCUCACCGUAUUGACAUCUGACCGCUGAACAGUGCCUGCCCCCCCGGCUGCCCUCAGCCUGAGCAUUAGCACAGACCUUCAGGAUAGGACAAAUCUCCAGCUGCUUUGGCCUCCCAGUCAUCUCCCCUUACAAAUGCCACUUUCCCAGGCCUGAACACACAUGCUACUUCCCUCUGUAAUUGUGAAUUUGUGACAGUGGAAACCCUGAUAUGUGCAAUUGAGCUUAUAGAAAUGAUUACUAUGAAAUGGAUCAAUUUGGUACCAUUUUAAACUGUGCUGUAUUCCUGUGUUGACCCUUGUCAGCAUUGAGUAAUAUGUCAGCAUUUCACUGGAGCCUGGGGGCACCAAACAAACUUGCUUCUGAUUCCUUUGCGCUUUCUCUCUCUUUUUAAAAUUGUUGAGUUUAGCUGUUAAAUUUUGUCUCUUUCUGUAAAAGAAAAUAAUGAAUUAUAAUAAAGAGCAAAUGAU